AUGCUCCUUUCCCUCUCUCUUUCUCUCUCUUCUUUUACUCCAUCACCAUUUUCUGAUUUUCAUUUAAAUUUUGAUUUUGAUUUAGUGUGAGAAAAACUUACUCUUCUUCCAGUAACUGCUCUUCCUUUUCUAAUUUCUUCUUCUUUUUCAUAAUUUUAUUGCUAGAUCCGUUACAAUUUCAUCAUGAACUUCUCCUGCAUUAUCUACUCUUAGCGUACAACAUUUUGAGGUACAAUUCUAGGGUUUCCAGAAAAUUAACAUAUUUUUGGUGGUUAAUUAUGUAUAGAAGUUGGCUAAACAUCAAAGGACUGUGAUUAGGUUAAAAAUGGUAUUGAAGAAAAAAUAUAGCAAUUGGCGUUACAAGGCAAUGAAUUGGGAUUAGAGUUAUCUCAAUUUGGAAGUUCAUUAGAUGAUUGUGACUGUUUGAAACAAAAUAGGAUCUAAUUGUGUUUGUAUAAUCAACUGAUAAAUACUUCUGCUUAUGUAGGCUAAAAUUAGAAAGUGAGUAUAUAGGUUUAAUUAGAUUCUUGUUGGUUUGUGUUAAAAGAAAAUGAUAGAACCAGAGAUAUUUGCAUCUAGGGUAAUUUCUCCAUUCAGAGAAGAAAUUGGGGAUGAAGAAUUAUCUGUUCUACCAAGGCACACAAAGGUGAUUGUAACUGGAAACAAUAGAACUAAAUCAGUUUUAGUUGGAUUACAAGGUGUUGUUAAGAAGGCUGUUGGUCUUGGUGGUUGGCAUUGGCUGGUUCUGAAGAAUGGCAUUGAGGUUAAAUUGCAGAGGAAUGCUUUGAGCGUUCUAGAACCACCCACCGGAAAUGAAGAAGAUGAUGAGCUUGAUCACUCUUGUAGCAGCUCAGAUCUUGGCGAGAAGGACCAUGAUUUCGCGAAUAGUAUGGAGUUUCACAAGGUGAGCAAGCCAAGAGUUCGCCAUACCAGACCAUGGGCUCCAUCUGUUGCAAAAUCAAACCAUCGAAGCUGCUUUAAGGAUCUCCAAUCCAACAUUAAUACUGCUCACUGUGUAAGCUGCUUUAAGGGCGUCCAUUCCAAUAGUCAUACCGCUCACUGUAGACUGGACUUUGCUAAGCUUGGAAGUGAUUCACUCUGGAGAUAUUUGAGCCGAUUUCAUCUGGGGAGCAUGAAUUGUAGCUCAAGGGAGCAGAUGGUUAAUACCGUGCAACGCCACUUUGCUUCACAGGAAGUCGAUGAAGUACAAGUGAUAGCUGAAUUCAUCCGGGCAGCCAAGAAACUGAGGAGCAAUAACUGUAAGGGAUGAAAAUUUCCGGGUGGUGAUCACUGAUCAGAAAAUGGUAUAUGUAAUUAUUAUAUUAUAUGAAUAUAUAAUCUUAGCCUAACUUUUAGAUUAGAUCAUCAAAUGUGCGGCUCCUCAUAUUUUCCCUUUGCUGAAGGAGCCCUCUUAUGCGUCUGUAUCGUUAAAUGUUUAACCUUGUAAUCUGGUGUGUAGACUUACUAAGUUACAUAUUAUCUAGAACCUGAAUUAAUCUGCG